AUGGGAUCAUUAGUUCAUCAGUUACUUAAUGAAGCUCCAAUAGCAGAAGUACAAGAAUUAGCAUCUAAAGUCCUUGAAUCAAACUAUGACUUCUUCCUUUGUAGUAUUCCUUCGUUAAGGAAGAUCGAGAUCUUUGACUAUACAGCUUAUUCAGAUGUUGAUGCUUCUGCUUUGAGAAAAGGAACGUACACACCAUAUAAACUCACAGCUGAAGAACAAGUUAUGUUAGAUACGAUGAGAGCAGCAGGUCAAGAAAAGAUCGCACUCAAGAUCAUCAAACAAAACCAUUCAAAGAAGAGAAACAGGUCACGUAAUGGUCAGCUUUGGACAUGGACAUGCAAAUUACCUAUUAACUUAGAGAGGUAUCAGAUCUUCAACGAACUUAAUGCAGAGACAGCAAAGAAGAUGAUGAAAGAUUCAUGUUUCAUCUACGCUUGUAUUCAAGCUGGUGUUGACGAAGCAACAAUUAAUCAUAUGAGGGAAAUCAUUCGUGUCAAAGAUUUUCCAAUGUCAAAGAUUAAGGUUAUUGCCAAAGAAACAGGAAUAAGGUUCCAUGUCAUCAAAUACAACGAGAAGUAUUCAAAUCAUUCAUAUACUUAUGAACCAGAUGAAGAACCAAAGAUGACAGUAGAACUUUUAUUAAUGUAUGACCACUACAUGUUGAACGAAAAGCUUCCAAUAAGUUCAAUGUUCAUCAAGAACUAUGAAGAUGUUUGUAAGUUGUGCAAGGAUUGGACUUUAGAGAAGAAGAUGUUAGUUAACAGAAGAUAUGAAACAAGGUAUGCAAUUAACUCAAAGUUAGUUACACCACUUGCAAAAGUCAUUGAACUCUUGUUUGCUAACAAUUAUUUCGAACCAAUUAGAACAGGAGAACUUUGCACAUACUUCACAACGAUGUAUAAUGAGAACCUUGAAGAAAUGAUUGACCUCACAUACAAUGAGC